AUGUGGGAUGAAGCAUCAGACCUCCUGGUUACCGCUCAACAUGCAGCCUCUCACUUUGUUCGUCUUCGCUCUCGCUUUGACUGCUGUGGCAUAUGCCCAACAGUCAAGUUCCAAAAACCCAAGGAGGCCAGCAAUCUGGUAAGACUGGUGGCUUUGGAAAAAAUUCCUUGUCUGGCCGAAAACAAGGUAAUCAACAACAGGGCUUCCGACUGCAGCAAGAAGGCGAACAAAAUGGGCCACAACAACAAGGAGACCAAAAGCAAGGAGGUCCUCAACAACAAGGAGGCCAACAGCAAGGUGGUCCUCAACAAGGAGGUAAAAGGAAAGGAGGCUUUCGACCACAAGGAAGCCAACAGGAAGGUGGCCCUCAACAAGGAGGCAGGCAGCAAGGUGGUCCUCAACAAGCAGGAGGAAAGCAAUCUGGAUUUAAAAAACAAGGUGGACAACAGAAAAACGGUCCUCAACAACAAGAUGGACAAAAGGAAUGUGGUCCCCAACAACAAGGAGGUCCCCAACAAGGAGGUCCCCAACAAGGAGGUCCCCAACAAGGAGGUCCCCAACAAGGAGGUCCCCAACAAGGAGGUCCCCAACAAGUAAAUCAGCAGCAGCAACAAUUGGAUCAACAGCAGCAGGUAGAUGAAAAUCAAGAACAAGGUCAACACCAAGAAGACGAAGAAUAGCUAUUCAAUAAUAUCUAUUUAGUUAAAAACUACUGGUUUUACAAUUAAAAAAUUUUUGAUUAGUUGAAAAA